AAAAAUAUUAAUAUUUAACUAUUUUUUUUAUAUAUAUAAUGGAAUAUUGAAUUGUAUUUAACAUGUCCAGAAAAAUUGAUGUCAAAAGUAAAAAAUUAAAUUUUAUUAAAAAAAAAUAUGAAAUUUAUGAGAAAUUUGAACGUUAUGCAUGCAUACAUGAUAUCUAUAUCAUAAUGUAAUGGAAUAUCCUUAAAUCUGUACAAAGUAUCUGAGUACUCGGUGCGACGUUAAAUCGAAUCCGUCUCUUUAUCAACGAUCGGCGAUUCGCAAGCGGUGGUAUCGCUUGCGGUACUCGCCAAGUGAAAGCAAGCAACGAUCGCGAGGGCCCACUACAUGGUCUCAGGGCCCGUACAGUCAGUCUAAAGUGAGCUGAGAGCUGGCAUGCCGAGUACCGUGCAUCGCGAGUUAUCAACGAGUUAAGCAUCUCCUAAUCAAGUCUAGGAUAAUUGCGUUCCACGCGAUCCGAUUCCGAGAUUUCGUGUAUCCGUGUAGGAUGAGAUCAGACUGAACGCAAUGACAUCGAGAUACUUCGUGUUUGUCGCAGCUUUAGCGUACGUUGCAGUGUCCACCGCGCAAGUUUACAAAAGCCACCCGGAGAACGCAGCUGCGGCAAUCGAACCAGCAGCUACAAAUAAUGACUUCAUCACACAAACCGUCUAUGGCUUCCUGGACUUCACCACGACGAUCGGCAACACGGUGAUGGUCUUCAGCCCUCAGAGUGCUCCUCCAGAAGGGGACUCCGGGAAGAAGACCACGUCCUCCACACCGCCAAUUCAUACAAAACCAACAACAGAACAGCAGUUAAAAAAGAAUAUCCCCGAUAUCCAGCCCAGCAAGACUCACAAGGCCGAGAAUCAGGGUGGCGAGACGAAAAAGCAGAUAAAGGGUACAAAGAUCGUCGUCAAUUCCGUGCAGAAUGUGGUAAAUCCGUCCGAAAAUGCCGCACCGAAACCAACGAAGAAUCAGGAACCAAGUAAACAGACAAAAACGCCCGUAUUGUCAUCGGUUGUCCAGAUACGUGCCAAAGAUGAAGCUCCAGGUGUGAAAAACAAUCUUGCUGAACCGGAAUAUGAUUUUCUCUCGAAGCAGCCAACGGAAGUGAUCGAUGAGACAUUCAAGUUGAUCAACCUGCGACCUUCAUCGAAGGCUCAUCACAAGCCGCGCGCCACCCCACGAAGGGACAAGGAGAAUCCGACAGGUUUGGUGACCAAACUUGGUGGUACCAUCGUGAAGGACGGACUCACCACCGUCCACGAGACUAGUGUGAUUGGGACUUACAUCAAUGGCAAGUACGCUCAAGUGCUGCAAAGUUCGUCAAGGAUUUUAACGGCGCCAGUCGCGCCAGUAGCUGAGGGUAAGAUUCGACCAUCCAGCACCAAUCGGAUUUUAAAGACCAUCGGUCCACAACAUGGCAAGCUCAAACCUCAGCUGGAGCCCACGCCGAUCCAGCAACAAGAAGAGUCUUCCCUGCCCUUGGAAGCUCUCUUCAGUGGAUCCUCUGGUACUCCCGUGCGAACGACGCGAAGGCAUUCAACCCCUAAUAAUAAUCCAUCCAGGCCUAAAUUCCGAAACAAGAUUGCUGAUGAAUACGAUAACAACGAAGCACAACAAACGAGAACAGGAAAGAAUCGCUCUAGCACGGCGCGACCAAAUUAUAAAAAUCGACCCAUAAGCACCACCACUACUGAAACACCUAUCACUCGUCGUCGCAGCGGUUUCCGGCCGAAUCAGUCUACUAAUUCACCUUCGAAGCAGUCGACAAAAUCGAAGAGCAACGAGCAGCAACCGUCGACGACGGCCAGUCUUCUGCCCAAGGUAAAACUACCGAGGACACAAGGUCGCUGGUCGUAUAAAACCACACCGAAGCCGAGGAUCAUGAUUCGCAAGCAGGUAGACGAGGAGGAUCUACGAACGUCGACGACCGAGCCGAGUACAACGGAAUCAUUUCCCGGGGUGAUCUCGGAAGAACAAAGCAAGACAGUAACGACAGCAGCAGCAGUCAACGCUGCCCCGAGUUCAUCCAGUGGUGUCUCAAAUGUUGCCCAGAGGAAAGAACUGUCCUUGACGGAGGACGAAUUAGAUCCCAGUGAGAGCGAGGAUGUUGCCAGUGUCAGUAUGCAACAGGAUCAGCAGCAUCCUGGAGAACAGAUCUUGCCAGUGGAGACACUCAACGUGGAGAUCUCUACCGCGGCGGAUCUCGAUAAUGUAUAUUUCGAGAUCGCUACUAUCAAGUCGCCCUACGCCUUUCAGGUAGGAACACUCCGAAACACCCGCUACAUCACGGUGACAUCGACCAUCAAAAAGACUUUCGCGACUGCGGAGCCGAGCAGCUCGAUCUCGCCCAGCGAACCGCUCACGGAGAACAUCCUGGUGAACACCGGAGCUGCCUAUGAGUCGACCUUGCCACUCGAUUCGUCCGUCGCAACUCUGCCGGCGAUUUCCUUAGAUGCCACCCAAGCGACACCGCCGUUGGAAACGUUGACAGAAACAUUCUCGACGACGCAAACGUUGCUGAAGACGCACAUGCUACCGGUGAUCUACGCCGGCAACAGCACCACGCGAUUGACUCUGGUGCAAACGUACAACAUCGCCCGGAUAGUGACGGCGACGAAGACGCUACCCCCGAUGGAGAUCUAUCAGUUUAUUCCGAGUAAAACGCUGAACGAAUUUAAUUCGAAGCUCGAUGAGGCCGGCAGCGAGUUACAUCUCGAACUCGACUUUGGCGAUGACGAUCGCGAUGAUGAGGAUGUGCCCAAGAGAGUGGCGGUGCCGAAUAACGACUCCGAUUCCGAUUUGGACAUCUUCAAAUCGACGUCAUCGUCCAAAAUCAAGAGCGACGUUACACUCAGCAGCAACACUGAGUCUCAAUUGACUCCGGAACAGGCUCAACAGUUGGCUUUGUUGAAAUACUUCGGGCAACCGCAAGGCCAGAUCAUCACCACCUCCAGGCCGGUAGUUGUCUUGGAGACAUUGUACGAAUCGCAUGUGAUUCCCGUGGUGAAUUUGGGAAAUACUAUCUACUCGACGUUGUCUCGACCAGUCGGCACUGUGCCCAGGACAUCCUACGAGUACGGUACGUCCACUAUUAGUCCUGUGCUGCAGCCUCAAAUGCCGCAGGUGCCGCAGGUACCGCAGGUGCCGCAGGUGCCGCAGCUGCCAUUGUUCCCACAACAUCCGCAAUUUACGGUGACAACCACACCCAUAGUCACCCAGACUCUCGCCACCAUAUCCGACUCGAGGGUGCUGAAACUCACCUUCGGCGCCAAAACUGCCUACACCACCCUCUUUUCCACAAGGGUCGUCCCUACCGAACUUACCACCUAUGUCACUAACACGGUACCGGUACAGCCAACGGUACCAUAUCCCGGUUAUUUUCCGGCGGCAGUGCCCUACCCACCUUAUCCCUUCGUUGGUUAGAUCUUGAUCUAAUCUUUGACUUCUUAGAGCCCUUCGCUAUCCAUUUUGAUUGCGAUUCAUCGCCAGAUAGAUUUGUACUCUUUUGAGCUA